AUGGCAGCAGCUAGGGCUAUGCUGGAUGACGUCCACGAAGCCAUACCCAGGGAUGCAGAGGACAGCAAUACAUAUGUACUGGGAAGCAUCAAGCAGCACAAUAUCGUCAUUGCGUGCUUGCCAGCAGCCCAGUAUGGAACGAACAACGCGGCGAAUAUCAUAACAAACAUGAAGCGAACCUUCUCCGCAAUCCGCGCGGGCUUACUGGUCGGGAUUGGUGGCGGCGUGCCGAGCAAGGCUGAUGUGCGUUUAGGUGACGUUGUCGUUGGAACAAGGGUGAUGCAGUAUGAUCUUGGGAAAGUCGUUGGAAAUGGACAGCUCCGACGAACAGCGAUCCCUAGGAUUCCUCACCAUUUGCUUGGGACAGCUGUGUCCGCCCUGCGUUCGAAACAUGAGCUGAACCCCAGUCGAGUCCCAUCCAUCCUGCGGCUGAAGCUGGAAGGACACCCUGAAUACGGUCGCCCAAGCUCCCCGGACCGACUUUUCCACGCGACGUAUGAGCAUGAAUCUACAACGGGCAGCUGUGAUGGGUGUGACCAGUUGAAGCUGGUUCGACGAAGCCAACGUAUGCCGGACAAUAUAAUGAUUCAUUACGGCGCGAUCGCCUCAGGGAACACCGUCAUGAGAAGCGGCACUACCCGGGACAGUGUUGCUCGAGAAUUGGAUGUCAUAUGUUUCGAAAUGGAGGCUGCUGGUCUGAUGGACAUUCUCCCUUGUCUCCCAAUUCGGGGAAUAUGUGAUUACUCAGAUUCUCACAAGAGCAAGGAAUGGCAGAGGUAUGCUGCAGCAACCGCGGCCGCAUACGCUAGGGAAUUGCUCGAAGAGCUACCUGUGGCGAAAGCGCAUGCAAAAUUUACCUGCAUGCCCAAUCCUCAUCAACGUUCAUUGCACGAACAUCGGCAGCGCUUGCUGGAUUCCCUCAGGUUCGAGCAAAUGGAUUCUCGGAAAUCAACUGUCAGAACAGCCCUCGCCAAAACAUGUCAAUGGUUUCUCAGCCACCCUGACUACCAAGCAUGGCUUAAUCCUGAAAAACUAACACAGCAUCAUGGCUUUUUGUGGAUCAGUGGCAAGCCUGGCGCGGGCAAGUCGACAAUAAUGAAGUUCGCAUACUCGCGUAUGAAAAGCAAAUCUCGCAACAAGCAUGCUAUCACUGCUUCCUUUUUCUUCAACGCUCGAGGCGAAUAUCUGGAAAAGUCGAUCUCAGGGAUGUACCGAUCAUUGCUGCUGCAGCUGCUUGAAGGGUACCCUGAUCUCCAGGCAGUUUUAGAUGAUUCUGACAUCAAUUCUCAGACUCAGAAUGGAUGCCCUUCCUUGGACGUUCUUAAGAGCCUGUUUCACAGUGCAGUUUCCGCCCUCGGCCAACGCUCCUUUACGUGCUUCGUCGAUGCUCUCGACGAGUGUGAUGAACAACAAGUUGUGGACAUGGUCCAAUACUUCGAAGACAUGGCAGAACAAUCCACAAAUAACGGCAUCCUGCUCCGCAUCUGUUUUUCCAGUCGGCAUUAUCCCUAUAUAGCUAUUCGACGGGGAAUGCGACUUACACUGGAGGAUCAGAUAGGUCAUGGCGAAGACCUGGCAACCUAUGUCGCAAGCCGCCUCCAAAUCGAGGACCCUGUAAUUCUCGAAGACCUGCAAACUCAACUUCUCAGGAAAGCGGCAGGUGUUUUCAUGUGGCUUGUGUUAGUCGUUGAUAUCCUGAACAAGGAAUAUCGGCAUAAUGGACUGGCUUUGAGAAAGAGACUCGCGGAACUACCGAGUGAUUUGAGCGAGCUGUUCAAGGACAUCCUGAGACGCGACAAGGAGAAUAUGGCGGGUCUCCGUCUUUGCAUCCUUUGGAUUCUCCUUGCAAAACGGCCCUUGCAACCGCAGGAGUUCUACCAUGCGCUCUGGUCUGGUUUGGCACUAGAAGGCGAGGCUGAUGAGCAAAUUCCUGAUGUCGGCGUCCCAGGUGCCUCAGACAGCCUUAACAGAUUUAACAGAUGUGUUAUCAGCAGCUCAAAAGGUCUUGCUGAGGUCACAAAAUCUAAGCAGCCAACAGUUCAAUUCAUCCAUGAAUCCGUCCGAGACUUCCUCGUCAAAGAAAGGGGUCUACAUGAAUUGUGGCCUGAUUUUGGAUUUGAGUGGGAGGGCUCAAGCCAUGAGACACUCAAAAAAUGUUGCGACUCAUACUUGAAUCAUACCUCAGUGCGUGCGUCUAACGUGUUUCCACACGGACAUAACCUACUACCAGAAAUUUCAAAUGAGUACCCGUUUUUGGAGUAUGCUGGUCGACAUGUUCUCUAUCACGCUAACGCUGCGGCCCGAGCAGUUCCUCAAGAUGAGUUUUUAUCUUCUUUUCCCAUGUCCCACUGGAUCAGUGUCAACAAUCUUUUCGAAAAGUUCAAGGUUCGUGAAUACAGCUCGGAUGCGAGUCUCUUCUAUAUCCUCGCAGACAAAGGAUUCCCGGAGCUCAUCCGCACAAGACUCAAAAAGGAUCCGUAUAUUCAUAUUUGCGGAGAGAGAUACGGUUACCCACUCUUUGCCGCUUUGGCCAACGGUGACAAAGAUGUUGUUGCUGCUGUUCUGAAAUCACCGUCAAGUGCGUGCAGUGAAGUUGAUACAGAUGGUCUGAACUACAGGAAAGACUUGAAACAGUACUCAAAACGAACACCACUAUCCUGGGCUGCGCAGGAAGGUCGAAUAAGCAUUAUCAAGCUGCUUCUCCAGACGGAGACGACCGUGGAUGACAUGGAUGCGAAGGGCAGAACACCACUUUCACGGGCCUCAGAGAAUGGGCAUGAGGCGGUGGCAGAGCUGCUUAUUGGCAAUGGAGCAGAUGUCAAUGCCAGGGAUAAUAAAGGAUGGACUCCACUCUUACACGCCUUAGAGAAUGGGCAUGAGGCGGUGGCAGAGCUGGUUAUUGGCAAUGGUGCAGAUGUCCAUGUCCAUGAUCAUACUGGACGGACUCCACUCUUACACGCCUCAGAGAAGGGCUAUGAGGCGAUAUCAAAGCUACUCAUUGACAGGGGUGCAGAUGUCAAUGUCUAUGAUAAUACUAGACGGACUCCACUGUUAUAUGCCUCAUUAUAUGGCCAUAAGGAGGUAGCAAAGCUGCUCAUUGACAAGGGUGCAGAUGUUAAUGUCUAUGAUAAUACUAGACAGACACCACUCUUACAUGCCGCAGAGAAGGGCUAUGAGGUGAUAUCAAAGCUACUCAUUGACAAGGGUGCAGAUGUUAAUGUCUAUGAUAAUACUAGACAGACACCACUCUCACAUGCCUCAGAGAAGGGCUAUGAGGUGAUAUCAAAACUACUCAUUGACAAGGGUGCAGAUGUUAAUGUCUAUGAUACUACUAGAUGGACUCCACUGUUAUACGCCUCAUUAUAUGGCCAUAAGGAGGUAGCAAAGCUGCUUAUUGACAAGGGAGCAGAUGUCAAUGUCUGUGAUAAUAGUGGAUGGACUCCACUCUCGCGCGCCAUACAGAAGGGCCAUAAGAUGUUAGCCAAGCAGCUUAUUGAUAAGGGUGCAGAUGUUAACGCCAGCAACAAUAAGGGAUUCAACUGGGAUACUUUUCUAAACAGCUAA